UUUCAAUCAUUUAAACCAUUCCAAAUGCGGGGAGGUAACUUAGUUUUCCUAUUUUGCAUUUUCUACUUCCUCUUUCGCUUCGCCAUUGAGCCGGUGACCUACAAUUCUGUUAAACUGUAAAACAGACGACAUAACUCUGGUUCUACAAUGGCGGUGGGUGGUCGAAAGGAUCCGUCAUAUGUCAGUUCAUUGGAACAUGGAAAUGACUUCCUGUAUGAUUAUACAUGUUCUCUAUGUGCGGCAGACGGCAAAAAUAAAGAAGCUGCUAAAUUUUGCAUCGACUGCGGCGAAUAUCUGUGUGGAAAUUGCCUAAACGAUCACAACAAAUUUCCAAAGAUGAAGUCGCACAAGGUUGUUGACCCUUCUGAACAAAGUACUAUAUGCAGGACCAAUCAAACAACUUCCAUUGCGCCGACGAUAACAAUUUGUUGUGAAAAGCACAAUGGAAAACCUUUAGAAAUGUUUUGCAGUGAUCAUGACGAGGUCUGUUGUGCUGUUUGCAUUGCAUUAUAUCACAGCGUGUGUAAAGGCAGAUACUAUAUCCCUGACAUAUCAAUUGAUUUUAAGAAAAGAGAAGAGUUUAUACAACAAGAGGCUACCGGACAGAGCAUUCUUUUAGACCUGGAGUCAAUUAAACAGAAGAGACAAAAAGACAUUACACUAUAUAAAACACAGAAGAAUGUCACCUGCACAUAUUUCAAACAAAUGAGAGAAGAUAUCUUAAAACAAUUUGAUGAAAUUGAGAAACGUUCAGUCGAACUUGUUGAAAAACGAUUUCAACAAAAGGUCGCAAAUGCUUUGGAAGAUAUUACGAAAACAGAGGAAGUUUACAAGACCUUGAAGGUUAACGUAGAAAUAAUAAAAACUGCAACAAAUGAUUCUCAAGCCUUCGUCCUAGCAAAAAGGGCAAGAAAGUUUGAAGCCACUUCUAAAGCAUUGAUACAAGGGAUUUUAGCAAACAAAGAUCUACCAUUUAAUUUCAAAAUGAACGAGGAUGUAAGAAAUUGUUUAAGUGGUUUCAAGGAUCUAGGACAUUUCUACACUGCUUCCAAAUGUGAAGUGUUCAGUGUUCAAGAUAAAGAUGAACAACACCGAUGCGAUAUCACAGGUAUCUGCCAGCUUCAAAAUGGCGACCUUGUCAUUGUGGACGCUGCAAACCAGAGCAUAAAGAGGCUUGGACCUAUGUAUAUUGUCACUGAUAAAUGUAGGCUAUCAAGUCAACCAUGGUCAGUGUGUAACGUUAGUGACACUGAAGUAGCAGUUUCAAUGUGUAAUGAAAAAAAUAUCCAGUUUGUAUCAGUUAAUGGUAAAAUGAAGCCUUCCAGGUCAUUUAGAGUAAAGGACACAUGUACUGGACUAGCAUCAUUCCAAGACAUGUUAUAUGUUGGGCUUUUCAACAGGAAACAGAUUCAGGUCUAUGAUAAAAGUGGGUUUCCAGGGACCACUUUGGAUUUUAAUGUCGCUGUGCCUUGGUGCAUUGCUGUAUCCAGUGAUUCUUCAAAUAUUUUUGUCGCUGCACAAAAGGGUGGUGUAUUUUCAUUUGAUUUGAAGAAUCAGAGGCCUGUGAAGAUUGAUGUUCCUGAAGUGAAGGUUGCUGGUAGUGUUGCUCUUACUGCAAACGGUAGUUUAAUUGUGUCAUGUCAACAAACCAACUGCAUCAUACAGUAUACAAGCAAUGGUUGUAAAACCUUGUUGACAAAAGCUGAUGGUAUCACCAGUCCUCAAACAAUUUUCUUUAACCAGAAGCAAAAGUUAAUUGUAUCAUCUAAGAAUGCAGAUGCCAUCAAGGUGUUUACCGAAGUUGAUCAGUUACUUAUUUAACUUGUACAUGCAAUUUCUGAAAUCAUUCUUGAACAAUAUACAAUGUAUACCAAAACAAAAAGGAAACUGGGAUACUGUUGUAAAUUGGCUUUGGAGAAAGACCGCACAUCUAGUUGUGUGAAUGACAUAAAGAUAAUCAAUGACAUUAAUGUUCUAUCCUUAUAGAAAAUAAAACACAACAAAUAAGCUGUCGUUGUAAAUAUCAA